GCUAGACCACCUAAUCAAUUCCUUGAUUCAGCCAGGGUCCCUUAUAGGGUCCACAAUAUUAAGGGAAGAGUACAUCUCGCUAGUUUUCUGAGUCCCACCCUUUCCACCACCAUCUUUGAAAAUUACUCCGGUAUUAACUCGCAGGGAGCUCAGCUACCUACUCAGCGAUUUAAGAAUGAACGGCCAAGCUUUGGCAUUCGCCAACCCUAGAGCUGAGCAUAUUGCACUUCGAAAGGCUCCUCGCUGCGUUUAUUGUGGCGGACGUACAGAGAAGGAGGACUGUCAGCCAUCCAAUAAGAACGGUAAUGCGUAUCGUCCAUACUAUAGCUGCUCUUCUUGUGAAGAGUUCGCUUGCUUUGGAGAUAUGCGAGGUGUGUUGGCAGAAAAUCCCACAUGCUACUGUGACCAUGGAAUGCAAUUCAGCAGACGUGGCAUAGCAGGUCCGGAUGGCGGAAGAGCGAGAUUUCCACGGUCAAUAUUCUAUCGGUGCGCUACGGGGGGAUGUUUAUUCUUCGAACACAUGACAGACAGUCAUGGUAGGAUCAUUAUUUAUGAUGGUCCUGUCACCCCGCAUGAUUUGGCUUUUUCAGGGCUCUAAGGGCCUCGUUCUCGGCACAAGCGACCCAUAUCAAUGCUGCAAAUAUAGAGAGCAGUAACUCAUUUAUUUUCAACAUUCUGAAAGACUAUUCUGAUUCUCAAACAAUCAAAAUCGGACCUUGCCUUGUCUUUGGCUUCCCCUUGCUUGCAC